AACCCUAAAAAGUGACUUCAAAUUCUGAAUUCUUCCUUGUGUUGCUGUUGAUUGCUCGAAUUUUGAAAUGGCGAAGCGAUUGAUUCCACUGUUCAACCGUGUUCUGGUUGAGAAGAUUGUUCCUCCAUCAAAAACCACCGCUGGAAUUUUGUUACCGGAGAAAAUCUCCAAGCUGAAUUCUGGAAAAGUUGUUGCUGUUGGCCCUGGCGUUCAUGGUAAGGAUGGCAAACUCCUUCCUGUUGCUGUAAAGGAAGGUGACACUGUUCUUUUGCCUGAAUACGGAGGAGUUGAGGUGAAGCUUGAUCACAAAGAGUAUUAUCUGUAUGGAGAUGAUGAUAUAUUAGGAACACUGCAUGAUUGAUGUCAAAGUCAUUGGCGGAUUUGGUCCCUGCUGUAGUAAUUUAUAUACUAGGUGUUCUGCUACAUACAUUUGAGCAGUUUCUUUCUGUUCUGACUUCUAUGUACAAUGUCUACAAUCUAUAUUUUGUUUUCAGGCAAAACAUUUCUUAGAAAUUUGGGUCAGCAAUCAAGAUUAGUAUUUUUAUGCAACUAUUGGGGAACCUUUUUUGAAGGCCGCAACGUACCUUAUUACAUUCCAUAGCCUGUUUGUGGCUUAUUUAGAUUUAAAUGCAUUCCUCUGGUUUAGUUAUUUUGGACUUGACUAAAAAUGAUAUACCAUGCAUGUUCAAACAUACCAUCUAGUUGGGACCAAUCCUCUUGGAUUUUGCCUUCUGGAUUAGAUUGCAAUUCUUGCAGGAA